CGGCCCGUUUCCCUGAUCUCCCCUACUCUUCCUCUCAACCUCCUCGUCGAGACAGCGGCGGCGGCGGCGGCGGCGGCGGCUGGUUAGUGAGCGAUGGCGCCGCCGGGUUCGCGGCGGUGGGCGUACGUGCGGGUGAUGGCCGGCACCAUACUCGGCGGCGUCCUCGGCUUCUACGUCAUGCACCGGGUCGAGACCUCGUACAAGGCGAUGAUGGAGGAGCGACUGCGCAGGUACGAAGCGCAGAUGCUCAAAAGGGCCAAGGAUGCGCAGAAUCUGCAGGACGAGGCGGAGCGGAAAGACCAGGCCCAGCUCCUGCCGGACGCGUGACCUUCACCUCCCGCGCUUGCUCACUUUUUUUCAGCUGUCAGAAUAACACAAGCCAGCAGGGCACAGGUGUCCACACCCUUUCUUCAGAAGUAGAGACAUAAGAUCGGGCAUGUACAAUUGGCUCGUUACAGUCUUUUUUGUUAACAAGAAAACUGCACCAUUUGAGCGUAAGGUCCAGGUCAAUUGUAUGAAAGUAAAAUAUGAAUAUGCUUCUAUCUUUAUCUGCACCUGCCACUAUAGACAUUUUAAUCUCACCAACAUUAUCCAUGCAACAAAGGAUCGAAAUGAAUUGCAGGUUUUGUCAUA